UUGAAAUCCAAACUUCAAGCGGCAAGUUGUGACCCGUUAAAGUUGGUCAAAAACUCAUUUUUACCAAAUAUUGCACAAUGCUUAUUUUGAGAAAUUCUCAAACCCAACUUGGUUCAAAUCACUCAAUUACCAUUUUUAAAUAUGUCAUAUUCUCAAUCAUCAAGUCUCAACUAUUCCAAACCUAAUCAGAACAAUUUUAACUUAUUUAACAUAAUUCAUUAACUAUAUCCAAUCUCAACCUUAUGCACAACACUCAUACAUUCAAAUCUACAUCACCGCCAAAUAUGUAUAUUUGGCUUUGCCUUGGUAGAGGACGAACAGACGGCAACAUAUACGUGGUUGUUGCAAAAUUUUCUAGAAGUCAUGCUGAACAAGUCUCCCAGUGUUGUGGUCACAGACGGUGACGAAGCAAUGAAGGCAGCAAUUCGAGAAAUCUUCCCAAAUGUAACUCACCGAUUAUGUGGUUGGCACAUUCAGAAGAAUGUAACGACAAACAUAAAAAAAAAAUUUUUUUUCCAACGACUUCAGAAGAUGUUUGUAUGCUCCAUGGCAUCCGAAUGAAUUUGAAGAAUAUUGUGAGAAUAUGAUAAAAAAAAAUAUGGGUUGGAGGAAAAUGAAUGGGUUCUAAAUGAAUAUGAGAAGAGGAAAAGUUGGGAAAGUGCUUACUUGAGAGAUAAAUUCUGUGCUGGAUUUAGAACAACAUCAAGGUGUGAGGCGAUAAACAACUUCAUCAAGAGGUUUAUUUGCAUUUGCCAAAGUCUUCUAGAGUUAGUCCAAAAUCUUGAACAUGCUCUUAGGGACUAUAGAAAUAAUGAAUUAGUUUCUCAAUUUAAGACGUUGUAUAGGGAGCCCGUUCUAACUACUGGGCUAGAAGCAUUGGAGCUUUCUACUGCCAAUUUUUACACAAGAGAGAUUCUUGGAGAAGUAAAAAAGGAGAUUCAAGGAUUGGUCGCAUUAGAUGUAAUAAAUGAGGAAAACAUAUCAACCACUGUUGUGUUAAACGUUAAGGAGUGUGACAGGAGGCAACAUAUAUAUAACGUACUUUAUGAUCGCAAUACUGAGCAUAUGGAGUGUGAACGUAGUCAGUGGAGUAGUGAAGGCAUUCCUUGCAGCCACAUGUUUUGUGCAAUGAAAAGGGUAGGUUUACAGAAGUUGCCAAAUAGUCUUCUUUUGAAAAGAUGGUCGAAGGAUGCCAAGAAGUAUCUGGAUGAAAGUUCUGCUGGAAGCACUAUGCAAGACAGAGAAAGAGAAUUUUUAAUGCGCUAUGGCGCAUUGUCAGUGGCAACUACGUGGAUGGUAUUCUUAGAAGCUCAAGAUGGUCCUUCUUUCCAUGACACUAUGAAUGAAGUAUGUCGUUGGACCCAAACACUAGAACAAAAAUCUGGCUUGAAAAGACAAACAAGAGAUUCUCCCACGCCAAACUUUGUUGGUGACCCUUUAGUGGUCAAGACAAAAGGAGCACCCAAGGGGAAAAAGGAGAGGGGUAAACGGAGGUGCACUAAAUGCAACAGUGCUGGUCAUGUAAAGAAUAAAUGUCCUGUGAGGAAUGACGGUGACGAUUUGGGUGAUAAGACUGGUAGUGGCACGCAAGCUAGCUUUGGUACCGAAGAGCUUCCCAAGGAACCUGUGGCUUCUCAAGAGACAUUAGCAGUGCCAAAUAUAGAAGUAAAUGCAUCUGUGCAGCAAGAUUUUGGGCUAGGUGAUUCAGGAUUGAUUAAUGGUCAUGAGACUCCCAUCCCACCAUAUGGAAGUCAUCAGUGGCUAUUACAGGUUGUACAACAAGGACAUUAUUCGAAGUUCAGUGGGAUGUAGUAGCAUGUACUUGUAUAUACUCAUGAGAGUAUGGUUUAAGAUGUUAGUUAAAUUCUUGGAUUUCAAAUAGUGGUGCUUUGAGGUUGAUAUAAAUUUUUUAUAAUUAAAUUUUUAGAUAUUUAUCAUAACUUGUCAUCGUUACACUCGGCUGAAAUGUGCAGAAGGAUUCAAUAGUUUUGAUUUAUAUAGUUAAAAUUAUUGUUGAUCU